ACUAACAAUUGCACCUCAAAGUGCCUUCUCGAAGGAGCCGGGGACUAUCGUUGGAGCUAUGGCAUCACUACCACCAACGCCACCCUGAUGCAGAAGCUGGUGACGAGGAUCGAGUUCGCUACCAAUUAUGGUUCAAGGAUUUUCUUGCUGGAGAAGAAGGAUAGAUACCAUACUUUUGUGCUGUUGGGGAAUGAGCUUAGUUUUGAGGUGGAUUUGUCGACUGUUGGGUGUGGGGUUAAUGCUGCGUUGGGGUUUGUGGCUAUGGAUGCUGAUGGGGGGGUGGAGAGGCAUAAGCCGUGGAAUGAGGCUGGAGCGGAGUAUGGGACUGGGUAUUGCGACGGCUGGUGUCAGGAUAGGCAGAGAUUUGUUGGGGGGAGGGCCGCGACGAAUAAACAGGGGGCGCGGGGGUACCAGUGGCAGAGUGAUGGGGCUUGUUGUCCCGAGUUUGCGGUUUGUGUGCCAGGAAAGGGUGCGAGUACAACCCGUAUAGGAUGGGGGCGAAGGAAUUUUAUGGGAAGGGGAAGCUGGUCGAUACCACAAGGAAAUUCACGUGAUGUUGUGACUCGUUGGGAAGAAGACCAUCAGUAUCAGUUCUUUAUCCAAGAUGGGAAAAGGAUUGAUGUCCCAGCUCCAACGUGGGAUGGGCUCCCAAAGCAAAGCGGCUUAAGUAAGGAAAUGUGUGAUGUACAGGCCAACGUCUUUAUGGAGCAAGACAUCUGGGCGGUGCAUAAUGGCUGGCCGACACACCAAAGGCAGGUGUUGAGCCGGCCCAUGGUGUUGGUGACAUCGAUUGAUGCGGCUGAUUGGUAUACGUGGAACACCUGGCUUGACUCAUCCAAGAUACCCCCUUAUGAUGACCGGGAUCCUGGUGUUGAGCGUGGACCCUGUCCAUGGGAGGAUAAUGAACCCUUGAUUGCUCGAGCAAGCAAUGGUCAAGCAAAGGUUGUGUGGUCCAACAUCAGAUUUGGGCCUAUUGGGUCAACAGUUGAAUUGUGA